GCUUGUUCUUACAUUUAUUUAACUGAACUUUGUCAGAUCCAUUUAUCAAUGUCAAUAUAUGUUCGAUAAUGUCUACCAGAUACAUGAAAAAGCUGUUUGGUAAUGAUAUUGAUAAAGAACAAAAUAAGGAGCUUGAAGAUGAAAUUAAUGAUUUACACAUAGAAAGAGAAAUUAAAAAAUCUUUUAAUGUUUUUGAUCUGUUAAAUGAAAAUUGUGAAAAUGACAUCGAAGAUACCGAUGAAGUUAAAAUUGGAGAACAAGAACAAAAUUGUAAUAAAAUGUCAAAAAGUAAGAAAAAGAAGAAAACAAGACAAAAACAUGCAUACGAAAUUGAUAAAGAAAUUGAUAAAGAGAUGAAUAAGCAAUUAAUGGAAUCAAGAUUAAGUGCUGGCUUAAGCUCAAGUCAAAUAAUAACAAAAAAAAGAAGACUAACUAGAGAAAUAUUAAUGGUGGAAUGUAAAGUUUAUGUUUAUCCAAAAAUCUUUCAAAACAAAUUGAAAACUAGACCUCAUAAUAAAUAUUUAAGAAAGACGUGGUUGGUCAGUGCACAUGAGAAAAAUAUUGACGUUGCUUCAAGAUCUGGUCUCUCUAUGUAUGUAACUGAAUCGAUAUCAUUUCCUACACGUCUGCACUUUAAUUAUAAAUAUAAUCAUUCGUAUAAUCAAAUCCAAAUUCAAUUUUAUCAAGCAGUCGUUUCAAGUGAUAUACAAACUAUUUUUAAUAUCGCUCAUGCUCAUCCAUAUCACGUGGAUAGUCUUUUACAUUGCGCCAAUUUUUAUAAAAUCACCUAUAAUUUGGCAAUGUCAGCAAAGUUCAUAGAACAAGCACUAUUUUAUUUAGAAUAUGCCUUUCAUCCUAAAUUUAUGAAAAAUUAUCUAAUGGAUUACAACAGGAAGGAAAAUCGUGCUUUGUUCAUAGCAUUAUUCAAACGUCUAAUUUUAGUUGGUGAUUUAUCAUUUUACAGGACUAGUUUAGAAUUGUGCAAGCUGUUAAUGCUAUUGGACUCUGACGAUCCAUUAGCCGUUUCCUUAAUGAUAGAUUUUUAUGCUAUCCGAUCAAAGGAGUACGAAUGGUUCUGUGAAUUCUGUGAUUCAACAUAUUUGACGAGAAAUCUUAAUAUUAUCUACAGCUUAUCAUUGGCUUAUUUUUAUUUAGGAAAGUACGAAACUGCCAAUGAAUAUUUGCAAAAAGCACUUUUCACGUACCCUACUGUGCUAAUACCACUACUUGAAGCAUGUAACCAACGCAUCGAUUCCAAAAUAAUAAGUCAUAAAUUUUUUUGUGAACGCCCGUACGGUAUUACGAUGAAACUACAAGAGAUAUACAUCGCUCGCUGUUCAAGUUUAUGGAAGAAAGCAGAAACUUUACGUUGGCUUGUAAAGCAGACGGAAAUUAUUCUCAAUGAAAUAAAUGCCAAUGAUGGCCCAACUUUAAUAAAGCAGCGUGGAAUAAAAAGGGAUGCUUAUCAUUUAUCAUUCAAAUCGGUUUUAAGACAUGUUGUAUUGUCGGAUUUGAAAGAUGUGACGGUUACGGCUCAAGAGUUACAAAGCGGAGAUACGAUCUAUCCUCAUGAUCCUUUACCUCCUCGUGAUGAUACCUAG